CACUCAUUUCAGAAUUUGCAUGCCGCAGUAUACUGGGUUACAGCAUUCACUGAAGGUGUUGGUAAAGUUCAGUGAAGGUACCAAUUUUGUAUUUUUAAACGAGUAGGGGGAAAAAAGGUUAAUGUCACACGACAAUAAAGUUAUGUAUGGUAUGCAUAUUAAUACGGUUGUGGAAAAGACGAGUUCAAACAUACACAUAAGAAGAAAGAUGACCAUGUUCUAAGUUUUCAGACACAUUGUGAGCAUGCGCUGCGUAUAUAAGCUCCAAAUUCAAACGGGCAGGCUUUAUUUUUAAACACUGAUAAGGAAAUUACUGUAAGAAUAACAACAGGGGAAUGAUGGUGGACAGGGGUCCUUUGUUAACAUCAGCAAUUAUUUUUUACCUGUCCAUCGGGGCGGCAAUUUUUCAAGUUCUUGAAGAGCCAAAUUGGAAGAGUGCUGAGGAGGACUACAAAUUGAAAAAGACUCAAAUACUGAAGGAUUACCCCUGUCUCAAAAAACAGGACCUGGAAAAAAUACUGGAGGUAGUGUCCAGUGCUGCUGGACAGGGAAUCACCAUCACAGGAAACAAGACCUUCAAUAAUUGGAACUGGCCUAAUGCUGUCAUUUUUGCUGCUACAGUCAUCACUACAAUAGGUUAUGGGAACAUUGCUCCCAAGACCUCCCCAGGCAGGGUGUUCUGUAUAUUCUAUGGGCUCUUUGGAGUCCCUCUCUGCCUCACAUGGAUCAGUGCUCUGGGCAAGUUCUUCGGUGGACGUGCCAAGCACUUGGGACAAUUUCUAACCAAGAGAGGCGUUAGCUUGAGGAAGGCCCAGUUCACCUGCACAGCUAUAUUUGUCGUCUGGGGGGUGCUGGUGCACCUGGUCAUGCCCCCAUUUGUGUUCAUGGUGACAGAGGGCUGGUCCUACAUUGAGGGUCUCUACUUCUCCUUCGUCACCAUCUCCACCAUAGGCUUCGGGGAUCUGGUUGCAGGGGUUGACCCGAAUGCAGACUACCACGUUAUGUACCGUUACUUUGUGGAGCUGUGGAUCUACCUGGGAUUGGCCUGGCUUUCCCUCUUCAUCAACUGGAAAGUCAGCAUGUUUGUGGAGGUCCACAAGGCCUUGAAGAAGAGGAGGAAACGGCGCAGAGAGUCUCUGCAGGACCGGCAUCACCACCACAAGAACAAGAAGGCCCUGCCCGCGGCCAGAACCACAGCCACUAGCACAACCAGCAACAUCGCCACUGAGGAUGUCAACAUUUUCAACUUCCUCUCUAAAAAGCAGGUGGGUUAUAAUGAUUUGAUCAAGCAGAUUGGCACCACAAACGGUACAGCUGUGUGCAGCGGUAGCACCCACAACAACAAGAUCCUGAGCUUUGAAAGGUCUCCUCGGCUGAAGAGGAGUCGCAGCCAAGGCGACUUGGAGAUGUACUCCAUGAACAAGGGCUUCAUGUAUGAUAACCCUUCUGUCCUGCAAGCUAUGAGUGGGAAGGAAGAAAUGGAAAUAUUUGAGAACCAGCUAGACAAAGAUGAAAGGGAGAAUAGGGGCCGGUGGGACCCCAAGGGGUAUCAGGCUCUCAUUUUCCAGAAUGCCAACAUCACCUUCAUUGAUGAGGAGAACCUGAUGGAGGAGGAAAGCAAGGGAAAGUUCUUACUGGAUGACAAUGUGGAGUCAGAGCUGGAGUCCAAGGAAGAGGAAGAGAGAAAUUCAGAAUCCGAAGGGUCCUUCACCACGGACAGUUCUGAGAACUCCCUGUCCUAUGAACAGGUUGGGGAGUAUGUCAAAGUUGACAACACAGAUGUUUAACCUGAGGUCUUAUUAAAUGGUUUGUUUCAAACAAUAUCGGAGACCAAAAAUGAGCGUUACUGGCUAAAUCAACAUGGAUUCCAAAGCUGUUGCUAUGUCUGUAUUCAGCAUGCUUCGAGAGCACAUAAAGGAUUGGCCAUGGAUCAGCUGUGGAGGCAGCUCUGUGUAACAAACUUGUCCAUGCCACUCAAACUGUGAACAUGUAACCCAUAAGAGACCUAUAAAAUAAUGGCUGCAAUGCACAUUUCUUAUACCAACUGUAAAACCAGGACCUACACCCUUUUGCUUCCAGAAAGGAGAUCAAAGAGAAUUCUGACUUAUUUAUAUAACUGCAAUUUAUUAUAGGAUUUUAUAAAUAUGUGGCUCAAAGAAGCAUCCAGAAUAUUAUACAAUUGUACCCAUCUCAGUGUCCUUAUCUAAAGCAGACAGUCAUGGGAUGAAGAUAUUGUUGUCUUGUUUUACUGAUCCUGAACUACAGUGCUGCCAAAAUGGGAAAAUAUUUCAAAACGGAACCUGUACAACGAGCAGUGAGGGCUUAACACUAAUCUGCUGGCAGAUUCACCCCCCUCACUUUCAUUGAACUGUAUUUUUAUAAUUCUUCCAAUUCUAUGUUAUUUAUUUUAUUAUUAUCUUUUUGGAAAUGUAUUGGCAAGUAUUAAAAACUCUUUAGGCAGUUGUAGUUGGGAAAAUGUUGUGGGGUUUUUUUUGUUUUGUUUUUUUUGGCGGGGUGUGUUUCCUGGCUAUAUUUUGUAACCUGAGACAUGUGUCUGUAUUGUGCAAUCAUACUGUAAGCUCUUCCCUGACUUUCAUAAUAGUGUUGAAAAAUGUUGAUCGAGUGCUUGAUAUUGCCUCUUGAGUUUCUGUGCGUGAAAGGGUAGGGACUGCCUAUGCUUGGUUAAGACAUGCAUAGUAUGUGUAUGUGUUUGUGUGGCAGAUGAUGAGUCAUUGUCAGGUUCCUCAGCUAAAAGGCAUGGUCAGACAUGCCAACUGUUCAGAAGCUGAGCAGCAGGAGUAACGUUUGCUGGAAUUCAGAUUCAUUUACAUUGCAAAUACUAGGUUGCACCAGCUUUAAAACUUGCCCUACAGCAAAACUAAUUUGGAACUUGCACAUAACUGAGACCAAGACAGGUUUUGCCACCAUAGUUACUGAUUCAAGGAGAAUGUUCAGAGAAAUCAAUUUAAAUCUAUCAUAUGGUGUUUUAGUCUGGUCAUAAAUUAACAAAGGUCUCAUUCUUGACCAGUCAGUCAUGGUUAAACAAUCAAACAAACCCUGUAAGCAUUAUAGGGCUACUGUGCUUUUCCUUCUGGCAGUAGUUUAACUAGAUCCUAUAAAAUGCUUUCUUUUUUGUUUGCCGAGCUUUGAGGUUCAUUUUGAUUUCAGAGGUCUUGAUGGUUCUGUUUUUUGGAGGUGUGACACAAAGAUCCCUUAUUGGGCAACUUCCUGGACAAAAUUGUGUGUUGUCAUGCCAGUCUAGCAUCCUGUUAAAAGAGUUUUGGAAUUGCAUGCUUUAUCCCACAUAUUGGAACUGAGCCUUUUACACAACUUUGUUUCCAGGUACCCAAUAUAUAUAUUAAGUGGUCAUCCUGGAGCUAUUGUGAUGACUUUUAUCUCUUGCUAGUUAUGUAUGUUUGUUAUUUUAAAUAAUUUGUCUAUACUUGAAUUUUUGUAUAAAUAUAUAGAUAUAUGUUUAUCUUGCCCUCAUUUAGUUUUUGGAUUUAAAAUAACCAUCCCCAUAGACAUUAGGGUUGAAAACGAGAGGUUGUAUUUGACCAAGCCUUGUAGGGUAUGUCUCCAAACCCAUGACGUUUGGGACACCAGUCUUAAGAAAGCAAAAAGCUUGAGCAACCCUCAGAAUCGCAGGGAAAUGAAGAGAUACGCCUUGAAAAAAAUGACAUUGUGGAGCCAUAAGUAUAUUUCCGGUUUGUAUGCUGCCUAGAGUAUGUGUUAGUUUUGAUCUUUUCGUUAUGUAAGUGUGUAUGUCUUAAUACUGUGCCUAGUUGUACAGCAUCACUGGGGAUGAAAACAUACUUAAAUUGGUGGGUAACAACUAAUCGAGUAAUCGGCCAACUGAUUCAAUGAUUUUAUUUAUUUUUUCAUUGCUGUGUGUCAAUACAAGCACUGUAACUAUGUAACACAUGGAUCCUAUUCAAAAAGCACACUUCUUUGAUUAUUUUAAAUGAGGUUCAAAAAUUACAAACCUUAUUUAAUAAGGUUUUGUGAAUAGGACCUAUACAUUGUAACCCAGGGUGUGGAUCAAAACAGUGGCAUUGAAGUGACAGGGAAGGAAGUGCAGGCUGGGGAAAGUUGGUUUUAGGAAUUGUGUAUGAUAUAUAUUUAAAAAAGACAAACUGUUACUCAACUCUCACGAUCGAUGUAUAAGAAGUAUGUUGAUUUGACAACGUCUUAAAGUGUUGCCAUUUUUGUGACUCCAUUUCUGUAAAACUUACUCCAGCAUCAGUUUUUUUUUUCUUUUUAAGUUAUUUAUCGCUGGAUACUAUUUUGUACAAACUGAAUGGGGUUUUUUUUUAUUUUUUUGUUGGUUUUUUUGUUUUGUUUUUUAAGUGUACAUAAUUCAUUUCAGUGUUUUAAAUAAAAUAAUGAAAUAUGAAUUAAAUAUAUUUAUAUAUG